CGUGCGCAAUCGUGCGUAAAGGGAGACGCGCGUGCGCAAUCGUGCGUAAAUGGUGACUUCCGGCCCUAGUGUGCAAAGAGGAUGAGUUGGGGAUCCACUUUCUUCGUCCCAACGAACCUAUUUGUGUGCUCGAAGGGAUUAUCCCCUUAAACAAGAAAUCUAUAGCAAGCCAGGGUCUCUGCCAAGGGUUUAUUUAGAUGGACCACCACAGCAGCCAUUGACACCCAGGCAUUUUACUAGAAGGACUCCUGUGAAAAUUUCCCCUCAGGAUCUGAAAACUAGAUUUCAUUUAGCUCCAGACCCAAAAGUGGUAUCGCCCUCUCGUCUUGACUUUGAGCAAGAACCAUGUUUGCCAUCUGUCCACUGUCCUGUAGAGAUGGAAACCAGUGUGACACAUUCUCACCAUUUACAAAAACCAGAGCAGUAUCCAGCAUCCCCCUUUAGUCAUAAAACAAACACUUCUGAUACUUUCUCCAGUCAUCACAUUGAAGAUCCAUGUGCUACAGAGUCUGUUCUUAGAGCCCUCAAAGAAUGCUUAAAGAGAAAGAGAAUUAGAGAUGAGGACCCAGAAGAUACUGAAAACAAGAGAAGGAAGGAAAAUGGGGAAGAAAUUCAAGAAAGUAAUCUACUUGUGAAUGAUUCCUUGUGUGGAACUUCUAAGAUGGAAGCCAGCAGGGCAAGUUGGAAGUCUACAUCAAGUUCUAUGGAGAACCUGUCCCAACAUUCAUCCUCUUCCAUUCAGGACAUCUUGAGAGAGGUGCACACUUCCAAAAACGGUGGUGGCAAAGUCUCUCCCUCCUUCGCAUUCAAUUUGGAAAAUGUAUCCAAACGGAAGAUUAUCACUGUGCCUGGCCAUAAUGAAAUCACCAGCUCCCUGAGCUCCAGCAGGUAUCAUCUGCAGAAAAAGAAGAGAUCAAUGGAUCUUUCCAGAUGCGAUACUCCUGACUGGCCAAUAAAGAAAAUAAGAAAAGACCGACUUGAAGCUUCUAUGUCACCUUCUCAAGAAACUGUGAAAAUCCAAAUCUCUGAAGCACAAAAAGUGGAGGUAAACCCUUCUCCGGUACAACUACGCAAGACUAAGGGAAAUUUGCCGUGGAAGAGACAUGUCCAUCUAAUUUGUCCGGAACACCCUGAGGAGUUCUACAGAUUACCUCCUGGACCAAUACCAGGCUACAGUGUGACACAGGCUGACUAUGAUGCAGCUAAAGAGGCAGCACAGCAGAGGUUUCUUAGACUGUUUCAGGAGCCAUCUGUACCAUCUGUUCCUUCUGAAUCGUGUAGCACACAGAUAUCUCCAACAUCACAGACUUCAAUUGUUCCUGACAAGCCUUUUCAAGCUGUAAAUGAAAAACCAAACAUUUCUGCUGCAAACACUACCUUUACCCUUUUCUCAAGCUCGUCUGAUGCAAAAUCAGUCACCAGUACCAGUACAACCCCCUCGCUUAUUUCAAGUGCUACUACACCUGCUGCCAGCACGCUUCUUCAAUCAUUGGGAUCCGGCCAAACAAAAUCAGAAUCUCCAUUUCCAAGGAAUGAUCGUUUACAGGUGUUUGGCAAGCCAGAGGAAAAUAACAGCCAGCCUCUGUUUAACCCAGUAUUUAGACCUUCAGAGAGUUCAAAUCCUUCCCCUGUUACUGCAGCUUCUGGGCUUUCAACAACCACAGCUGCCAUACACAAACCAAUAUGUGGGGAUCCUCCUAGCCAACAAGCUCAGACGUCUAUGUUUAAACCAAUAUUUGAGGCUCCUACUAACCAGACCGUUCCCUCGGCUGUUACCUCUCCAUUUGUGUUCAGCAGCUCCACCUCCAGUACCUCAACACCAGCAGGAAAUAGCACAGAUACAGGCAAGCAUGAAAAGCCAAACUUGGCCCUAACAAGCUGUACUAGUAACACCACAAUUUGUUCCAGUUUAGCACCCACGUUUGGAAUAACUUCAAAAGCUGAGCCUGUUUCUCUUGGGGGACCAACUUCUCAGGUAAAUGCCCCUUUCAGUGUUCUUGGCAGUACAUCCGUACCUGCUUUAUCAACGGCAUUUGGCUCUACCACAUUUACUUCCACAGUUGGUCAAACUGCAAAUACUUAUUUUUCUGCCAGCACUGCCCCAAUUGGUUUAUCCAGUGUCUCUGGAGGUGAAGGACAGACUAGCACAUCCACAACUGCCGCCUUUCCAAAAUUACCAGUAGGACAAAAUAUGUUUUAUUCUAGCAGCCCAUUUGGAAGUAAUUACCCAUUUACAAUGGGCUCCAGUACACAAUCUGCAACAAACACCACCUUCACUUCUGGCACCUCCACUCAGCCUACAUUUGGUUUUUCACAGAACGCUUCCAUGCUUUUCAGCAGUGACGCAAAAAGCAGUAACACUACUAACGCAAGUGGUUUCAGUUCUAUGGGCUCUGUAUUUGGGAGCUCAACCGUCCCUCCUUCUAGUAUGGUUACUCCAAGCAAGAGCUUGUCCAUUACCACCUUGGGAAAUCCAGAGAAAUGUGAAACUAAAAACCAGUUGGCACCAAGUACACCUGCAGCAAAUCAGAGCUCAACUCCAGGCUCAUUUCCAUCUAUGGCCUACACAAGCCCAACCAACAACUGCAGUUCUGCUGCUGGCUUUUUUUCCCAUGGUGCAGCACCUAAAACUAAAACAGCUGUUCGGCAUAAACUGCAUGCACGUCGCCCACGUAAGAAGUAAUCCUGGCUUCCCUGGAUUUUAUGGGUUUUCUUAUUUUUCUGUGUGUUAUGAUGGUAUGAUGGUAUUUCAUUAAAGACCAACAACCCACCAUACCUGAAUAACUGACUGAAUUUCUGGAUUUGUUUUUUGUUUUUUCAAGCACUUGUCACCUUGCCGGAUAAAUAAAUACAAAAUAGCUUGUAUAGCAACUGAUUGUUUAUUGUGAUACUCACAGUAUACUGCUGCUUACAGAUAAUCUUUAUAUCGUAUCUAGACUUUGGUGAUUUUCACUCUUUCCUUGUACGUUAAGAUUUGCCUCUAAGUGGUUAUAGUAGCAAAGAGGAGUCCAUAUAGAAUGUUACCCUGUCUGUGAAAAUGGUUUUAUCCCACUAAAGUGGACAAAAUACUGUUUAAGGUUAUUGUUGUAUUUUAAGAAAUACUGCCUUGUUUCUCCAUAUUUUAGCUGUGCAGCACAAAGUGGCCGAUACUUCUAGUGGUGCACAGUAAGGAAUAUAGAGGUAGCCUAACUAUGUGCGGUUUGAUUUUUAUGGAAAAAAAUGUUUAGUUACUUUUCACUUUCUUAUGCAUGAGAGUAGUUGGAGGAUUGGUGGAUGGCAGGUGUCCUGUACCAAAGAAACGCUAUUUAGGUAGAGCAUCAGCUAAUGUAUAUUCCAGGAACAUAAAGCAUAAACAUUAGGGAUGCACAGAAUCCAGGAUUCGGUUUGGGAUUCUUUUUCAGCAAGAUUCGGCCGAAUCCUUCUGCCCUGCUGAUCCAAAUCCUAAUUUGCAUAUGCAAAUUAGGCUUGGGGAGGGAAAUCGCAUGACUUUUUUGUCACAAAAAAGGCAUUAAAGGCAUUUUCCCAUAUGCAAAUUAGGAUUCUGUUCAGUAUUCUGCCUAAUUGUUCGCAAAGGAUUCAGGGGUCCAACCAAAUCCAAAAUAGUGGAUUUGGUGCAUCCCUAAUAAACAUAUUAACAUACACACACUUAGCAGAGUAUCAAUAGAAUCAGAAUUGUGUAUUAAAUCCAUUAUUGUCCUGUAGCUAGCUACCACUGACGUUUUCAAAACCUUAGAAUGCCCUGGGAUGAGAGAUGUAUACGAGUCCAUGGUGGGUAGGCACAUUAACCCAAUUGACACAAUGGCGCUUCCAUGUAGACAAACAUCUCAACAAUGGAACUACUUUGAGUUUCCAUCAUUGUAUGAUUACAUAUUGCAGCUACAUACUGUAAUUGGUCAAUUUGUCUGUUAAAUUCUUACACUUUAAAAAAACAAAACAAAAAAAAAAACCCCAAAA